AGUUCAACCUUCCGCAUUAUAACAGACGGGAAUUUUUUUGUAACAAAAUUAAUCACAAAGUCCGCCAUGAGCAAGACUAGAAUACCUGUAACCGUGCGUGAGGGACGACUGAUCGGUACUGUUGAGGAAAGUUAUUGCGGUCGUUAUAUUUCCUUUAAAGGAAUACCUUACGCAACACCUCCAGUCGGCGAUCUCAGAUUUAAGGAUCCCGUUCCGGCGAAGCCAUGGUCCGGCGACAGAGAUGCUUCCAGACACGGAAACGUAUCUCUUCAGGCCGAAUUAAGCAACAUGAUAGGUGAUGAAAAUUGUCUCUAUCUCAAUGUUUACGCCAGAACCAUCGAACCUUCGAAGAAACGCGCCGUGAUGGUGUGGAUACACGGCGGCGGUUUCUUCGCAGGUGCAGGUGACGAGUUGUUCUACGGUCCCGACUACAUCGUCCUGAAGGAUGUAGUGCUGGUCACCUUGAAUUACAGACUAGGCGUUCUAGGUUUUUUGAAUCUUGACGACGAGGUAGCGACGGGCAAUCAAGGCUUGAAGGAUGUAACCCUCGCAUUACGAUGGAUCCAAAACAAUAUAUCGAAAUUUGGUGGCGAUCCAAAAAAUGUUACCAUUUUUGGCGUGAGCGCCGGCAGUGCGAUUGUGCAUUUAUUAGCUUUAUCUCCGUUUGCCGAAGGUUUAUUUCACAAAGCUAUAUCGCAAAGCGGUGUCGCUUCAAAUCCUUGGGUUUGGUCCGAAAAAGCUUUCGCGGUGAGCAAAGGUUUCGAACUUGCUAAGGAACUUGGAAAAGUGACCACAGAUCCGAAAAUCGCCUACGAGUUUCUCAAAACAGUUGACGCAAAAAAGCUAAUAAAAGCACAACAAAAUUUUACCCGUUCGCGAGAGUGCUUGCGAAAAAUAGUUAUCCCGUUUGUGCCGAGCAUGGAUACCGGCUCGUCAAACCCAUUCUUUCCUGAACAUUUAAACAACUAUCUAUCACGCGGAGUUAAAGUACCGUUUAUUUUGGGAAGUAUUGCUAUUGAAGGAGCUAUUUGCAUCAGCAACGUUAUGGCUCAGAUAACCAAGGAAGAACUCGAAUAUAUUAAUGCUGACUUCAAGCGCACUUUGUCUCCCGCUAUUCUGUCAACCAUAGCACAGAUACCGAUCACGGUCAAGGAAUUACAAACUUUGUAUUUCGGCAAUAAACCUGUGUCGAAAGAAACUUUAAUGAAUUACGUUGAAUAUUAUGGCGACGCGAUGUUCUAUCGAGGUAUUAUGGAAGUGGCCGAUGUUCAGGCGAACCUACGUUUGAACAACACGUAUCUAUAUCAAUUUUCGUACGAGAGCGAAAAACCUUCGAUCGUCAAGCUGAUAUAUGGAUACACACUACCAGGAUCGAGUCAUAACGAAGAAACCUGUUAUUUGUUUCAUUAUCAUGUUAUGAAACAGUUUCGCAUGUCACCACCCAAGCCUGACUCCAAGGAUUAUAAAAUCGUAGAAUAUAUAACGCAACUGUGGACAAAUUUUGCAAAAACAGGGGAUCCAACUCCCAAUAUUACGGAAGUAACCCCGGUUAAGUGGACGCCACUAAGAAGUGGAGACACGUACGAUUACUUGGAUAUUACCAUUGACACCAGGAUGAAAACCUUCAUCAAAGGAAAAGAACGGUGGGACUGGGAGAGCAGAAAAAAUCAAUUACGUUAAUCUCAGAUUAAUCAAUUAAUUUAAUGUAUAUUUGCUGUAUUAAUCAAUUAAUAUAUUUAAUUAUUAUUUUCUACGGUAGGUAUGUUGAUAUAUGUGGGAUGAUAUUAAUUUAGUAGAAUUGUAUUUAAAAAAAAAAAAAAGACACAUGUUAAGUUCCGUCUUCGAGUACUGCGAUGUGCGUUGUGAACAUAGAUUAUAUAUAACCAUAUCCACAACGAAGUGAAUAAACUACUAAAACUGCUGUAUUACCGAUUUAAUUGGCAACGUGGUUCUUGUUGCUCACGUUGCCCAGACACACGUGUAAUGUGUGUGCAAUUCAUAAAAUUUGUUAAUAAAUUAUGAAACGCAAUGUUCGAGUGAAAAAAAAGAAAAUUAUAAAAAUUGUAUUUAAACUAUUAUUAUCGAUUUAAACUAUUUAUUUUAAUAUAUUAAUAAGAAUGUAUUGAAGGAAUGUCCUCCGGUUCAAAUUGGUUAUUCCAAAAGAGUACGAUGAGUGAAUCGGCUAUUGUGAACCAAUGCAGGAUGUAUUGCAGUAAUUAAUCAUGUUUAUAUGAUUUGAACAAAACGUUUCGACUUUAUUGUUU